AUGGGGGAAGGGAGAAGCGACAACUUCGACGGUGUGAGCACCGACCGCCUUAAGCUGGAGCUGCAGGAGGAAAUCCACAUGAAGGAUAUAGUGCAACUCUCAGUGCUUGAAAUAAGACACAAGAUAGCGGAACUGGAAGCCCAACUCAAAAAUGAAGGUAGUGAAUGGAAAACCCGUUAUGAGACACAGCUUGAACUGAAUGAUCAACUAGAAAAGCAAAUUAUUUCUCUCAAAGAGAAAAUGGAAAAAAUCCGUGGAAAUCCUUUAGAUAGACUAUCUUCUAUUCGUGUCUAUGAACAAAUGCCAGUG